AUGGUUGGGAUUCUACAACAGCUGCUUCAGGGCCAACAAAUGUUUGCAAGUCAGUAUGCAUCUAUGCAGCAAGACAUCAAGGAGCUGAAACAGAAUCAGGCAUCCACUUCAAGAAGCCAAGGUGGCUUACCUGGUAUGCCUGAACCAAACCCAAAGGAUUAUGCUAAAGCCAUUACAUUGAGAAGUGGCAAAAAGCUACCAGGUAUAGAGCACAACAAUGUGAUCAUUGAGGACAAUGAUCAAAUUGGUGAGGAAGCAGCCCCAAGGGAUGAACAAGAAGCUGAAAGAUCAAAGAAAGGGAAUGACAAAGAGGUGGAAAAGCCAUCAGAACCAGAAAAGCCUUAUGUUCCACCACCUCCCUAUCAACCUAAGCUCCCAUACCCAGAAAGAUUCAAGAAGCAGAUUGCAGAUAAAGCAAGGGCACUCUUUGAGAAGACUCUUAAUGAGACACCACUUACAAUGCCUCUCAUUGAAGCAUUUUUUAUGAUGCCUAAGCUGGGAAAGUUUCUAAAAGAUGCUAUCUUGAACAAAACUAAAGAGCUACAGGGUAUGGUGGUGCUUAGCCAUGAGUGUAGUGCCAUCAUUCAGAGAAGUUCAGUCCCAAGGAAGCUGUCUGAUCCAAGGAGCUUUACUCUCCCUUGUGCUAUAGGUCCAUUAAUGUUUGCUGGUUGCCUUUGUGACUUGGGUGCAUCUGUCAGUUUAAUGCCAUUCUCUAUAGCAAGAAAGCUUAGAUACAGAGUGUCCAAACCUGCUAGAAUCUCUCUUGUCCUAGCUGAUAGGUCAGUAAGGCUACCUGUUGGGAUGCUAGAGGACUUACCAGUCAAGAUAGGUGGUUUUGAAGUACCUACAGAUUUUGUUGUUCUAGAGAUGGAUGAAGAACCUGUUGAUCCACUGAUUUUGGGCACACCAUUCUUGGCCACAGCAGGAGCAAUCAUUGAUGUAAGAGGUGGCAUCAUUGAGCUACAACUUGCUGAUGAGUUGCUUGAGGAAUUGAAUACUGAUGAUCCUCUUCAAGUUGCUUUAACAAAAGAACAAGGAGACCAUGGGUUCUUGGCAGAGGAGAGUGAAGGGUACAAGCUAGUUUUGGAGAAUGCAAUAGAACUUGGUCCUGAGGCAAGGUUUUUGGAAUUGGAACAAAGUGUCCCUGAGGUCUUGGAUAUCAGAGGCUCAAACACUAGCCAAAUAGCGGUUAACAAAGUCAUGGCCGUAGGUUCUAAAGUGGAGGAGCAAGCUGAGCCGUGUGAGCGUCUCAAUCCCAAUUUAAAAGAGGUAGUGAAGAAAGAGAUUCUAAAACUCCUAGAGGCUGGGAUAAUUUAUCCAAUCUCAGACUCUAGAUGGGUUUCACCAGUACAUGUGGUGCCCAAGAAGGGGGGAAUGACAGUGAUAAAGAAUGAUAGGGAUGAGCUUAUUGCUACAAGAACUAUCACUGGACACAUGAUGUAUCCAAGAGACCAAGAGAAGACCACAUUCACCUGUCCCUAUGGGACAUUUGCUUAUAGGCGCAUGCCAUUUGGGCUGUGCAAUGCUCCUGCUAUUUUCCAACGUUGUAUGAUGUCGAUUUUUUCUGAUCUGAUUGAGCAGAAAGUAGAGGUCUUCAUGGAUGACUUCUCAGUCUAUGGACAGUUUUUCUCCUCUUGUUUGUCUAAUCAGUCUCAGGGAAUAGUGUUGAGGCACAAGGUCUCAGAAGCUGGAAUAGAAGUGGACAAAGCAAAGAUGGAAGUGAUAGUGAAUCUGCAAGCUCCAAAUUCAGUAAAGGGGAUAAGAAGCUUUCUUCGGCAUGCAGGGUUCUACAGGAGGUUCAUCAAAGACUUCUCAAGAAUAGCUAGGCCUUUUGACAAGGCUGUUGCCCCUGAUUGGUCAUUGCCCUUUGAAGUGAUCAAAGAUGCUUCAGACUAUGCAGUUGGAGCUGUGCUUGGCCAAAGGAAGGACAGAAAACUUCAUGUGAUCUACUAUGCCAGUAGGACCCUUGAUUCUGCUCAAGAAAAAUAUCUCAUGAUUAAGAAGGACGCCAAGCCUAGACUCUUGAGGUGGGUUCUUCUCCUACAAGAAUUUGAUAUGGAAGUGCUGGACAAGAAGGGCAUUGAAAAUGGAGCUGCAGAUCAUCUUUCUAGGCUGAGAGUGGAAUCAGAUGUCCCCCUAGAUGACUCACUUCCUGAAGAGCAUCUGAUGGUUGUCAAGACCUACUUAGAGGUGGAACAUGGUGUAGAGCCACCUGAACUAGAUGCCUACAAGAGAAAGAGAUUCUUCAAAGAGGUGCAAAGGUAUCAUUGGGAUGAACUUUAUCUGUAUGUGCUGAACAAAGACCACCUGUAUAGGAGAUGCUUAGCUGAGGAAGAGAUGCAACUAGUGCUACAGGAAUGCCAUGGCUCAGCUUAUGGAGGCCAUUUAGGAGCUUUCAAGACAGUGCCCAAGGUGUUACAGUCAGGGUUCUGGUGGCCUACAAUGUUGAGAGAUGCUCAGGUGGUUGUAUCAAGCUGUGACCAGUGCCAGAGCCAAGGCAACAUCUCCAAGAGAAGUGAGAUGCCCCAAAAUCCCAUUUUUGGAGGUGGAAAUUUUUGA